AUGGAUGAUCUUUUCAUUCAGGCGAUAGUGAGGGAUUGUGUCGUACACCCAGUCGCAGCUCUCCAGAUCGAGCUCAGCCAUGACGGAGAAGCUGACAGGCAGCUGGUUGCAACGCUAGGGUUGCCGGCUUAUAUGCCUUAUAUGGCGCCCUGCUGCAGCAAGGGAAUUACGCCACAGGAGCUGCAGAUGGCCUGCCAGAACAUGCUUGAUGAGCCACAUUCCAAGAGCGAGCCAAUGCUUGGCCGCCCAGAGCCACCGGAGCUACAGCUUACAAACCCCUCUCCUGAAUUGGAAGGUUGGAUUUCCCUUGGUACCCUCGCAAUCUUCGAGCUCGAAAUGAAAACUAGCGUAUCGGUUGCGAGCUUUGAGCUUGGCUUCGGACCCAGAUAUGAUGGCACAUUUCUAGAGGACGAAACCACAGAUCGAUGUCUUGAAGGAAUACCAUGGCUCUACACCUGGCAAAAUUAUUGA